AUUUCUCUGUCAUGAGAAGGGCACAGGUUGAACUUCCUCCAGUUCUUCAGUCACACUGUUCCUGUCUGUCACUCACACAUCUCUCCACAUGAAUUCAUACAGCUUCAGACCGCCUUUGCUCAUUCUGGCUGCUCUUGGAUGCUGUUUUGGGGGCAGCCCGCUUCUCAACGACCAAACAAGCGGCGUUAUCGGUAAAAAUGUGACCUUCAAGACAACAAUCACCUCAGCAAAGGAUUUUCUAACCAUAACGUGGAGUUUCAACAAAGGUUCAGAAAUCGCACCGAUAAUGACAAGUGUCGUAACUACAAACCCCGAUAACAUAGAGGAGACGUCGCUCAACAGAAUCACCUACAAUAAAACGACGUGUGAGCUUCAGCUCGGGCCGCUGGUGAAGGAGGAUGAAGGGGAAUAUAUUCUCAGUGUAGUGACUCUCAAAGGAAAGUCGCUGUCCGGACAGAUUGAUCUUAAUGUUCUUGAACCUGUAACUGACGUCAAGAUUUCGUCCAAUCUCUCCGAAGCUGUAGAGCUCAACAGCACCGUGGUUCUUACUUGCUCUGCCAAAGGCUCCUUUACUUACAAGUGGCUGAACGGCUCAGUUCCUUUAGCGGUGGAUGGCACGCAUAUAAAACAAAAUGCAGUCGGCAAUGAGCUAACUAUCUCUGAAGUUUACCGUACAGAUCUGCGAGGACCCAUCUUCUGCGUUGCAGAGAACGCGCUGGAGUCUGGGAAGAGCGCUCCAUUCAAUCUCACUGUGAGCUAUGGUCCAGAGCAAAUCGUCAUGACACAGAGUCCAACAGGAUCGUUCCUUACGAAAGGCUCUAAUUUAACCUUCACGUGCUCAGCCCAGUCUGACCCUCCUGCUCAGCUCCAGUGGAUGUUUAACGGCCAGGCGAUGCCUCAGAAGACCUCGCUCAACAUCACCCUCGCCAAUGUGGAGGAAAAACACAGCGGAAACUAUAGCUGCGUGGCCUACAAUGCUAAAACCAAACGCUUCGUUUCCUCGCAGGUCGCUGUGGUGUCUGUUCUGGGCACUUGGCCGAGGUCUCAGAUGCAGAACUUCUGCUUGGGUGAAGUGUGAAGCAGUCCCCGAAGUCCAAAGCCAAGUCAAGACUCAAGUUCUAUUACUGUAGUCAACAUCUUAUGUGGAUAAAUCAAUUGUGAAAUAUUAAAAUGGAAUACUUCUACAGAA